AUGCCUGACCACAAGAAAACAAAAGGGUCUCUCACAGCCACAAACCUCUCACACGUGCCUCAUGACCCAAAGCACCAAGUCAACACCUGGAAGAAAGAUACUCAGCGCCAAGAAACCAUUGCUGUGGGCAAAAAGACCGAGACGAAACCCGGUCUGACUUCCGACAACCUUUCGAGACUUCAAGGUGAAAAACCGAUCGAUAAAUGGGCGAAGCAGCCACAGAGCCAGGAGAGGUUUGCGCUGGGUGAGAAGACGAGGAAGUCACUCGGUAGUAAGGGAGACUGGUUGGGGAAGAUUGGGGAGAGCGUUGAUGGGAGGCGUUAG